UCUGACGUCGCAGCAGGAAGUUCGGAUGAAAAGUCAGCUGAUGUUUUAGUGGUAUUACUUCCUAUAUCUAGUUCUGUAUUUCAUUUGACAGUUUCAAAUAAACAAGAAGUAUUCUUAUUUUUCAGAUAUGUUACGUCCGAAAGCGUUGACCCAAGUGUUAAGCCAGGCGAACACGGGUGGGGUGCAGAGCACGCUGUUGCUGAAUAAUGAAGGGUCCUUACUUGCAUAUUCAGGAUAUGGAGAUACAGAUGCUCGUGUCACAGCAGCAAUUGCCAGCAACAUCUGGGCAGCUUAUGACAAAAAUGGCCAUCAAGCAUUCAAUGAAGACAAGCUCAAAUUCAUUCUAAUGGACUGUAUGGAGGGCAGAGUGGCCAUCACUAGAGUUGCAAAUCUGCUUCUGUGCAUGUAUGCUAAAGAAACUGUGGGGUUUGGUAUGCUCAAAGCAAAGGCAGAAGCUCUAGUUGAGUAUCUUGAAGAGCCUCUCACUCAAGUAGCAGCUUCCUAAAAAGGGUUAGUGCAAUCUCUGUUCACCUGGGUCAGGCGAUUUUUCUUUCUCAAGUGACUGUGAAAGAUGAAAAAUACUUUCUGACAGGCUAUGGGCUGAGAACAUGACAUCUGCUAACAGGUCAUAUAGUCGGUUAAUUCUGUGAGAAGAUGUGCAAAGGAAAGACUCCUGAUACAGCAUCACAUUUCAUUUUCUGUGCAGAACUGCAUUGGGCUUUACUCCAGUAUCAUGAACUAUGUGGAGUUUUUCUUACUAAAAUAACUGUAAAAUAAGUGUGUGUUGAAUAUAUGCAAAUUAUUUAAUAAAAAAGUGCUUCUGAUGAGUUA